AUGUCAAUGCAUUCAGCUCCGCUGCGUCGUGCGCAGACCGACCUGCCGACACCAACACCGAGCCCUCUCCGCCAUGGCUCUACCGCAUCCACAAACUCAUCGGUCUACUCGCUCUCGUCAAAUUCUGUAACCCCGAGUCGAACCAGCACAGUCUCCUCAAACGCAUCCGUCGGGUCAGUAUCUGGACUUGGACACAAGCGAGGCAAAAGCGAGGUAAACACAACACAUACUCUCCAAAAUAUGGGGCGGGAAACAUCGUCCGGAUGGUCAAAUGCGGGCGCAGCAUACGAAAAUGUCCGCCGCUCAUUGCGCCCACUCCCUCAGGCCCCAAACUCCUCCCCCCCGUCAAGCAAACACGCCGCGUUUCGUCAUUCAAGAAGCCAAACACUCGACAACCCUCAGGUCUGGAAGGAGAAUCGCCCACGAACACCGGAGGGUCGAUAUGGCCACAGUCAAGACGUCCAACCACUCAAGGAAAGGGAAUCGCCCAACAUUAUGACACCUCCGAAGCCUAGCUCCCCUCACUCUGGGUCGCCACAUACAAGGCCUCAUGUCAGGUCACAUCACUCCCAUAGCUUGUCCAGUCCUCAUCCACCUCCUUUGACCGCGGCACUCUCCGCCCCGGAUUUGGAAACUUUUCAGAAAUCAUCCACUGGCCACCUGCGUGCACUGUCAAAGUUUGCAAAGUCUGGUGCAACGGAAGACUUCUCUAUCGACACUUACACUCCCUCCGUGGUUGGUUUACAAGGGCGACGGCGGUUGAAGAGAUCUGGCUCGGUGGCGGGUAAUCAUGGCUCAAAAGCCGUCCAGCGGCCUACCGCAUCGGCAUGGGCUGCCGGAAAUUGGAUGGAUAAACAGCGGCAGUUUUUGCAGGCAUACGAAUACCUCUGCCACAUUGGAGAAGCGAAAGAGUGGAUUGAGGAAAUUAUUCAGCAACAAAUCCCUCCCAUUGUGCAACUCGAGGAAGCCCUGCGUGACGGAGUCACAUUAGCAGAGGUUGUCCAGGCCAUGUACCCUGCCCGAAACUUGCGUAUUUUCCGAAACGCAAGGCUGCAGUAUCGGCAUUCCGACAAUAUCGCACUGUUCUUCAGAUUCCUCGAUGAAGUGGAACUUCCGGAGCUUUUCAGAUUUGAGCUCAUCGAUCUAUAUGAGAAGAAAAAUAUCCCCAAAGUCAUUCACUGUAUUCACGCACUUUCCUGGUUGCUAUUCAAGAAAGGACUGGUGGACUUCCGAAUGGGCAACCUCGUUGGGCAGCUAGAGUUCGAGCAUCAUGAGCUCGAACAGACCCAAAAAGGCCUUGACAAAGCUGGCGUCAGCAUGCCCAGCUUUACGGGAAUGGCUGCCAAUUUCGGCGCUGAGCCAGAGCCUGAACCAGAGCCUGAGCCCGAGUCUGAGGAGGAUCGGAUUCAGCGUGAGUUACACGAGAAUGAGAGCUCCAUAAUGGAAUUCCAAGCACAACUUAGAGGUGCCAUUUUACGGUUGAAGUUGGGGAACAUGAUGAACGAGUUGUGGGACUUUGAGCCUUUGCUCAUCGAGCUUCAAUCAAGGCUGCGAGGUGACUGGACAAGACAGGUUGUUCAAUAUCGCAUGGAUAUGCGCAUGUUUGCGGUCAAUCUCCAAGCACUCUGCCGCGGGUUUAUCGCCCGACACCGACAAAGGAACACUAAACAGAACUACCAAGCACUUGAACAUGAUAUUCUCAAACUGCAAAGCGCUAUUCGGGGCUCGAGAGCGAGAGUGCAGACCGACUAUCUCCAGAGCCAAUUACGAAAACAGGAGUCAGGGAUCAAGCAGAUCCAAGCGGCUCUAAGAGGAGCCCUCCAGCGCCGGGCCGUCUACGACCUCUAUGAUGCGACCAAGGACUCGGAAGACAACGUGCGGCUGCUUCAAGCCGCUAUCCGAGGAGCUUUAGCACGGUCACAGGUCUCGAAGCAGUACGAAGAUACGCGAGAUGCGGCGUGCGAAAUCCAAAAACUGCAAGCUGUCAUUCGCGGCGCACUGCUUCGGCACAGUCUGACCGCUCAGGAAGAGGAGAUCUUGCAGACUGAAAGCAGUGCGGACAUCAUCCAGGCGGCUAUCAGAGGAAUGAUCGUUCGCCGAGAUACCGCGCAUACACACUCUUUGCUCGAUGCGGAGACCCCGUCUGUGAUCUCCAUCCAAGCUCACGCUCGUGCCUUUGCGGCUAGAAAAGCACAGACCGCUCUGUUGGACUCUCUCGUCAAAGAGGAGCAUAGGUUUACGACUCUCCAAUCUCUCAUCCGUGGAGGAACUCUAAGAAAAGACCUUGACUCCCUCCGCAAAGAACUCACUCAACACACUUCCUCGGUUAUUGACCUUCAGAGCAUUGCUCGGGCGACGUCCACGCGAUCUUUUUUGGAUUCCCAAAGAGACGCCCUCGCGCGAGAAAGCGACUCAAUUUUGGAAGUCCAAUCCAUGGCUCGUGGCGUGAUUUUGAGAAAGCGUCUGGAGCACGAUUCAGAGCUGCUGCAACAGCAAGAGCCUGCCAUUAUAGAACUCCAGUCGCUUGCCCGGGCCGCUGUGCUUCGAAUCCAGGUCGGUGGUAUCUUAGAAGAGCUUGAUGACUGCGAUGAGGAGAUCAGUCAACUACAAGCACAUAUCAGAGCCAUGAUAGUUCGCGUCGACGUUGGCCAGACGUUGGCUGAGCUUGCAGCUGAAGACGAUGUCAUUACCGAUCUUCAGUCUCAUAUUCGAGGCCACAUGGUCAGACUAAAGUUCGAGGAAAAGCGUCGUUACUACCAGGAGAAUAUGGAGAAGGUGAUCAAGGCGCAAAGUUUCGUGCGCGGCAGAAUCCAGGGCCAGGCGUAUAAGAGUCUGACCAGCGGCAAGAACCCUCCCGUGGGCACCGUGAAAGGAUUUGUGCACUUGCUCAACGACAGCGAAUUCGACUUUGACGAAGAGAUUGAGUCGGAGAGGACCAGGAAACAGGUGGUCCAGCAAGUCCGGCAGAACGAACUGGCCGAGCAGUAUAUCAGUCAGCUGGACAUCAAGAUUGCCCUCCUUGUGAAGAACAAGAUCACACUCGAUGAAGUCGUUAAGCACCAGAAGCACUUUGGCGGUCAUGUGGGAAAUCUUUUGUCCAACACGGAGAUUUCGUCAAAGGACCCGUUCGAUCUGAAGGCCUUGAACAAAACCUCAAGAAGGAAAUUGGAGCAGUAUCAAGUUUUCUUCUUCCUCCUUCAGACCCAAUCUCAGUACCUUGCCAAGCUUUUCCGGCGCCUGCGUGAAGUGAACACUCCAGAGAAAGAGUAUGAGAGGAUCCGGCAUUUGAUGAUGGGUCUCUUUGGAUAUUCUCAAAAGAGGCGUGAGGAGUACUAUCUCAUCAAACUGCUAGCUCGUUCCGCUCGUGAAGAAAUUGAGAGCUUUGGUUCCCUCGCCGAAUAUCUCCGUUGCAACUCUUUCUGGACCAAACUCUUUGCUUCAUACAUCAAAUCCCCUCGAGACCGCAAGUUCAUGCGGGACGUCCUCAGCACCACUGUGAAGGAUAAUAUCAUCGAUAACCCCGAGCUUGACCUGGAGAGCGACCCAAUGCAGAUUUACCGAUCCGCCAUCAACAACGAAGAGCUCCGCACUGGGAAGCGCAGUCGACGCCGACUCGAUAUUCCCAAAGAAGAGGCAAUCCGCGAUCCCGAGACAAGAGCUACUUUUAUUCAGCAUUUGCAGGACCUCAGGGAUAUUGCCGACCAAUUCUUCUCCGCAUUGGAGGAGCUCCUGUACCGCAUGCCUUUCGGAAUCCGGUAUAUCGCAAAGCAGAUGUACGAGAGCCUCCUCGCUCGAUUCACCAACGAGGAUCCCGGAUUUAUUCUUCAAUCUGUUGGCCAUUGGGUGUGGAGAAAUUAUUUCCAGCCUGCCAUUGUUGAGCCUGAAAAGUACGGAGUAGUGGACCGGGGGUUGACCCAGGAACAAAAGCGCAACUUGUCGGAGAUUGCCAAGGUGGUCGCCCAAGUGUCGUCUGGAAGACUUUUUGGUGCAGAGAACGUGUACCUUCAGCCUCUGAAUACCUAUAUUGCGGAAUCUAUCCAAAGGUUGGGGCAAAUCUGGGGUGAUAUGAUUUCCACGCAAGACGCCGAGAGCUACUUUGACAUUGAUGAAUUCAACGACCUCUACGCCAAGACCAAACCUACUCUAUACAUCAAGAUGUCCGAUAUUUUCUCUAUUCACCAGCUUGUGGCUUCCAAUAUCCACAACAUCUGUGCCAACCCAGACGACAUUCUUAAAGAAGUUAUUCGGGACUUGGGUAACGUCAAAUCCAACGAAAGCGAGUUGAUGAGUGUCAACUCUUCGGAGAUCAACUUGACAUUGAACCCCAAGCUCGCGCAAGUUGAAGACCCUGAAGCCAAUGUCAAGGCUCUGUUCAUGGAGACGAAGAGAUGUGUGCUCUAUAUUAUUCGCGUACAAUCAGGGGCGAACCUGAUGGAGAUCAUGGUGGCGCCGCCAACGGUGGAAGAUGAGGAGAAAUGGAUGACGUUUGUACGAGACGAGUUGAAUGCGCACAACACCCAGCGAAGUGCAUACUCUGAAGCCAACAGUCUGGUGGACAUUGCAUCCAUGAGCUACUCGGAACUGAAGCGCACGGCCCUGGAGAACAUUCUGCAGCUUGAACGCGCCGGAAAGAUCAGUCGCAACAAUCACUACCAGGAUCUCUUGAAUGCCAUCGCUAUCGACAUUCGGACGAAACACCGCCGAAGAAUCCAACGCCAGCGCGAACUCGAAAGUGCCCGAAUGACACUCACACGCCUGAACGACCAAGCUGUCUGGUUAGAUCAGCAGCUCAAGACAUACAACGAUUACAUUGAGCAGGCGAUGAUGACGUUGCAAAACAAGAAGGGCAAGAAGAGGUUCCUCAUGCCCUUCACCAAACAAUGGGACCACCAGCGCGAGCUACAAAAAACCGGCAAGGUGUUCAAAUUUGGGUCGUACAAAUACUCGGCACGGAACCUGGCCGACAAGGGAGUCCUCGUUUACUGGAAGGGCUACAAUGAGCGCCAGUGGGAUCGAGUUGAUCUCACCAUCUCGAGUAAUGAAGUCGGCGUCUUCACACUCGAUGGAAGCAGUGGCCCAAUGAUGGUGCCGGGAGCCAACGCUCAGGUGCCGCUGGACGACCUGCUACAGGCCCAGUUCAACAAUAUGCAGUUCCUUGACUUUUUCGACGGACACCUGCGGGUUAACGUCAACCUGUUUCUGCAUCUGAUUAUGAGGAAAUUCUAUAAUGAGUAA